AUGCAGUCGAUAUGUAAAUACUGCGUUCAGCAUAUCACAAAAAAGUCUCCCGGCCUUCAGUGUUCGGGUUUUUGCCAACUCCACUAUCACUUCAAGUGUGUUAAUUUAACAGUCGACCAGCACAGAUUGCUGAAAUCAGUUCCAGGCUCCAGCUGGAAAUGCCCAGCUUGCGCCGUGGCUGAUGCCAACAAUUCGCUGCGUACGGCCGCUACGGGCGCCGAAACAGCGACGAAUAUCUCGUCCGCUGUAGACGUACUCGAAGCCGAAGACGGCGAAUCGAAUAUACAGGGGUCGACGAAAAUCUUCAUUUCAAUGAGAGAUGAGCUUAGAGCUAUGAGGCGUAGCCAAGAAGAACUAAUCAACUCUGUAUCGUUCUGCUCUGCCAAAAUAAGUGAUUUCGAAAAAUCACUUGUAGAAAUACGGAGUACGAUGAAGGAGCUUGAGAAAAUGAAAGAAGAGAAUAAUGUUCUGAAAAAACAAGUGAGUGAUCUGAAUUUGAAAGUGAACGAUAUUGAACAAACCUCGAGGCUAAAUAAUACUGAAAUACAGGGCAUUCCUGAGAAUAGAAAUGAGAAUCUGAAAACCGUCGUCGGUGAGAUAUCCCGGUUUCUCGGCGUUGACAUUUUAGAUAAAAUUGAGACCGUCCAUCGUGUUCAAUCUAACAAAAAUAACGAAAAUCGUCCAAGAAACAUAAUCGUUAGAUUCAACUCUAGAGAACUCAGAGAUCAACUGCUGGCCUCAGCUAAAGCGAAGCGGCAGAAUAGCGAUAACACAAUAAGAAGAUCAAUUAGAAGGCGCGUGAAUUUGCAAAGACCAAUAAUUAUAAAUUCGUAUGGGUAA